CCCACUCCCAUCAUAAUCGGUCCACGCGGAAAUACAGCAAUAAGUAGACCAAUAAUAGACAGACUGAUAAGCAGAGCAGAUCACCUGCUUUCCCGCCUUUGGGACAACGACUCCCAUUGUUAGGGUGGAGACAAUACCAUCUCGUCUUUAUAUACAGUAUCUCUGGAGAAGCCUGCUAGUGAGAGUGGACAGAGAGCUAGAGUAAGAAGUACUAGGCAUAGACAGACAGAGAAAUGGUCCAGUUGUUGUGGACUUUAUUGGUUUUGCUGAUCAUCUUCAGGGAAUCAGUAUCACAGGAGGUAAAAUGUUACAGCAGGUUUGAUAAUGGGGAUUGUGACUAUCUCCUGGGAGAAGUGACGAUGGAAGACUGUUGUCUUAACCCUCACUAUGGCUACAUUGGAGCAGAUGGAAAAUGCAAGUUUUGUGGGCCAGCUUCGUGGUCUGAAUGGACUACUUGGGGCAGCUGCUCUGUCCCCUGUAACGAGGGAGUUUCGCAGAGACGACGAGAAUGCCAGGGACAGGGAAAAUGUACUCAGGAGACUACCCCUAGACAGCUUCGCAAACUCACGUUAGAGACCAAAGUCUGCAUUGAGCCAGACUGUUGUCCAGAACAGGGACAAUGGAGCAAGUGGGCUGAGUGGCAGCCCUGCUCAGUGACUUGUGAGAAGGGCUUGAGAAAGAGAGUGAGGACAUGCACCGAACCACCACCUAGAUGUGGAGGCAGCUGUGACGGUCCAAGUGAAGAGGAGGAACCCUGCGUGGUUGAUCGUGUCUGUCCAACCAAUGGUGGUUGGUCAAACUGGGAGAGUUGGCAGCCAUGCUCAGGCACUUGUGCAAGGGAGGAUUUACCCAGACCUACACAGCGGCGCUCUAGAUCAUGCUCCAAUCCACCACCGUCCUCAGUGCCCCCUGGUGAUGAAUGCCCUGGGUUAGGGAGCGAAUCUAGGACCUGUGAUGAGCUUCCUUCAUGUCCUGUGAAUGGUAACUGGGGGCUGUGGGGGCCCCCCAGCUCCUGCUCCGUUACCUGUGGGGUGGGGGUUAAUGAAAUGCUCAGACAGUGUAACAACCCAGCCCCUAAACAUGGAGGUCUGCCCUGCUCUGGAUCCAAUAAAGACACAAAAGUCUGCAAUACCAAAAACCAGUGCCCAGUGGAUGGUCAGUGGUCGCAGUGGGAGAAAUGGGAAGAAUGUACAUCUAAUAGAGGAAAAAUUAACUGUCGAAAAAUCGGUGGACAGCAAAGACGCCAAAGAUGGUGUAAACACACAGAUUUUGUUGAUGGUAAGUGGGGUGAAUGGAGUGAGUGGAGUCAUUGUGAGCCCCCCUGUGGAGAAGGAGCCAAAAGGACCAGAGAACGCAAGUGCAUACCUGAUCUGUCAGAAUACCCGGAGAAAAUAGGGUAUCCUGUUAAGGCUAAAGCAUACUUUGAAGGGAGGCCAGAUGUGAACUGCACACUGUUGAAGGACACAAAAGAGAGUCGGGCCUGUAUAAAUGUUCCUCCAUGUGACACAUAGGUAAUACGUUAUCAUUAACAAUGAUUUCACAGUUGCAAUAUCAAUUUUUUAAAUGGACUUUGGUCAGCUCCAAUGCUAUCUCUAAAUGUCUGACUUUUUUCCAGAGUCUUUUGAUCAAAGCACAAGUCUGGAGGGGAAUAAGCAUUGUCAACUUAGAAAAUGACACAUUGAAUUGAUAUGUCUAGCUAUGUGAUUUCACUGCCUUUGGUCACGUAUGUCUAUGCAGACUUCAUGAAGCAUUAGUAACACAAAGUAGUUUAUUAGGACUACACUUUUCAUAAUAAUGUAAUUUCCUAAAGAAAUAAAAAACAUUGUUCACUUCC